AUGACAGAUAGCGAUAGUUUGAUGAUUAUUAGUGAUGAUGAAGAUAAUUCUCGUUUGUAUAUCGAUGAGAAUGUAGUUGAUUCGUGGAAUAAUCAACAACUACAAACAAAAUCAACAAAUACAGGCAAUGCUUUUGAACUUGAUUUCUUCUUAAUAGCAUAUUUCAAUCGUUAUCAAACACGAUCUUCUCAAACAGUUCUUACAUCGAAUACAAAUCUUCUUCUCAAACGACAUCGAUCAACAUUUUGUCAGGCAGAAUAUUUCGCAACAAUGACGCAAGAAACAAAUACUAUGAAUGAACACGAAGAACGUAUUGCAGUUGUUAAGAAACAAAAGACAUAUAAUGAAGAUUUGAUAUUGUCUCCUACAAACUAA